AUGCUGCUUGGCCUCGUCUUGUUCCUUUCUCACUCGUUUUUCUCACCAUUCUUUCCCUUUUCUGCCGGUCAAAGCCAAGACUCACGGCAAAGGCGGAACAAAGUUCUUAAUCAAAAGUUUUUAUCUUUGGUCCGUUUCGGGAUGCGUAAGCGCUUUGGCAUGCCAAAACUGUUACGUGAUCUACUAAUCCCCCGGAUUGUUACUCAAUCUUCCCCAAGAUUUAGCCAGCGAGUCGCCACGGUGAAGUUCCGAAGUCUGCCCGUCGUGGAUGGUAACCGGGCGGGCACUCCACACGAGAUCCAAACACUAGGACACGCCACGAUCCCGCCUACUAGUUGGGCGCUAACCAACGGUUAUUUCCAUCGGAGAUGCAGGGCCGAAGCGAAUCCCGGGAUCGAAUUGCCUGCUUUGGUGCAAAAGUUGGAACAAGUUGAUAAAAUCAAGAAGAUAAAGCCGAGGUGGGAAAAUAAUGAUAAAUAA